AUCUUCAGCAGAACUGUCGAGAGAUACAAGACCCAUGUGUUUCGGAAUAAGAAUAGCAAGUUUCACAUAAAACAAUACUAAAAUGAAGUUAUUACAUAGAGUGACGAUAUAAGUUAUCAUAGAGAGUAAAAUAUAAGUAACAGUAAUAAUAAUAAUAUUAGACAUACGGAUAAUUUCGGAAAAUCCCAUAGCAACUUGUGAAAUAUCAUUUGUAUGACAAACUGAUCACGAACAAAAACUGUUAAACAAGAGUACCAUUAAGUGAUAUUAACGUAACGCACCAUGAGCCUUAACAUUAUCCAUCGUGCAAUAGGAGGGAUUGUAUGCGGAUUGAUGGCCGUAACAAACUCGGUAUUUCCGAAAAGAAAAAGAAAAAGUAUAUUCAAUAUCGAUACCGAUGAAGAGGAAUUAAUACCAGAAGUCGCAUCGAAUGAAACAAAUCUUGUGAAAGGUAUUUCAUUCAAACCUACUAACUCCCUAAUUAUGUCCGAAUUAAAGAAUCUAAAUUGGGUCCACGUCGGUAAGGUUGCAAAAUUACACAUAUACUCAUUGUUAUCUGGCAAACCAUGUCCUGCUGAUCAAUGCGAAAUAACGUUUGACGACAUGCACUUAUACAAAAAAGGCGAAUUGAUAAAUUGGAGCCAGUCAUUCGUAGUAUAUAAUAAGAAAACUAAAUGCAUGGUGACUACUAAUAAUUUCCCGGCGUUACGCGAAAUAAGCUUGUGGCUGGAGGAUAUUUACGCAAUAUUACAAGCUACUGGGAUGCCCACAUUACGCUUCGUGUUAAAGAGUAGAGGAUUCUUCCACUGUAUUUAUUCGCGCUGCAAUGAAUUUCAGAUAUAUCCGAAACUCAUUUGCACCGAUUGCGGCGACGAAGCGGCCGAAUGGCUAUGCAAAUUUUUGUACUGCAAAAACUCAGAUCUACGUUUGGGAUAUUCCUUGAACAGGGUCAAUUGCAUCAGGACGUACUGGCAACCUUGGAUCGGAGAUGACAUGUUGUGCUUGGGGGUCAUGUCUGACGAACACAGUUUGGGUCCGUUCAUAAGUGUAUUAAAUAGCGAGAACACACCACAAGUACCGAGAGAAGAUCUAUCUGAAGCAUUAGAAAUAUACGAUCCACUAGAUAUGAUUUGUCCAACGAUCGUCAUUUUUGCUCACAAUAUGUACACAGACAAAAUAUGGAAAUGGAUCAAGAUCGGUGAUGUAAUCAUCAAGAAUUCAAAAUCAAUAAUAGUUCAGUCAAGUUUUAAGGAAGAAGAAGUGAAUAAGGCUAUAAAAUUUUUUGGAAUAGGAGUUAAUAGCAUUGUGUACGUUCCGGGAUUUAUUAAUUUAAAUGAUAAUGUAUACGUUCAUUUUUCCUAAUAUAAGAAAAAAGCGGGCGAUACAAAAGAGAAGUUAUUUAACCCGAUUCAGUAUUAUUAAUUUAGGAU